GAUGAACGGUGAAGAUCUGGAUAAACUGUACACUAACAAUGAACCGCGAAAACAUGGGAUAACAAGGCAAAACAAAUGAUAAUUUAUCCUCGAUUCGGGAUAGGAACAAGAUAAAAAUGAAUUUGUUGUGGGGAAACCAUCAUUCUUUAUUUUCUCUCAUUUUAUGCCAUUCUCCUUGGACGCUGAGCUGGUAUAAAGAUCUAGGAACAGCUGGAGCCGGUGAUCAUGGAACAGGGAUGUUGUCAUCUGAGUAAACGAAGUUAAUCGAUUAUGGAAUAUAUGGAAAAAUCUUGACUUGAACAAGACAAUGAAAAGUAAGUAGUUGGAGAGCCAUUAUCACUUUCUCAUCACACGGGAGUUCUAUAUCCAGAAGAUCAUCCGCUCAGAUUUUUUUCUGGAAUAAUGCAGAAGAGGCGAGACCAUCAUCAAAUAUGAUUCGUGUCUGACACAUUCCCAGGUUUGAGUGAUAAGCCCAUUGCUAUUGUUGACGAUUAAAUAUAUUGUCACUGCGAAUCGGUAACGAGGUGAUAACACUUAAAUUGUCCGUUUUUGAACUGGUUUAACAUACCAUUAAUAUGAAUGGUAUUUUUCUAUAGUAGUUUCUCUAGGUACAUUCAGAUUUUUUCCCUAUCAGAUACUGUAUGAUAGACGAGAAAUAACGAGCCCCGUAGACUACUGGUGACAUCACCCCAGUCAGAUCUACUGCUGUACAGUAAAUAUCAACAAUGGUAGAGCCUGUGGGAUUUAUUGAAGCAUGGAAAGCGCAGUUCCCCGAGUCGGACCCCCCAAAGAUGGAGCUCAGGUCAGUGGGGUGCAUCGAACAAGAGCUUGAGAAGUGCAAAGCCUCCAUCCGGCGGCUAGAGCUGGAGGUGAACAAGGAGCGCUUCCGUAUGAUCUACCUGCAGACGCUGCUGGCCAAGGAGAGGAAGAGUUAUGACCGCCAGCGCUGGGGUUUCAGGAAGGCCCAGAUGAACGAGGUAGGGGACCAGGCAGGGCUGGGCGCUGAGUCUCAGCAGCCACAUGUGCAGGAACAGGGGGAGCGGAGCCGGUUCCAACCGGUGGGGGAGGCUAGGUCCAAACCUAGACCCCCUCCAGCCCGGAAGUCAGCCUCCCACGGAGACGGGCUGGAGCUCCAGUCUGCCUUCGAGGUACCCCAGCAGGUAGAGCCCUGUGAGACAGACGGCCUCUCGCCCUCCAAACAGAAAGGAGGUAUAUCCCCUCGCCGCCAAAACCCACCCCCAAACAAGGACUUACUGUCUGACCCCAAUGACAAGCUUGGCAUGGGACUGGGGGUGGCAGCGCUGAGGUCUAACUUUGAGAGGAUCAAGCGGGCCAACUCUCACUCUGCCGGGGAUGGAGGGAAGAGCCAGGAGAAGCAGCAGCCCUUCUACACCAACAUGGACUUCCACCAUGACAGGGGCCUGGUCAGGGUCAAUGACCGAGACGUCUCUGACAAGAUCAGCACCCUGGGCAGCCAGGCCAUGCAGAUGGAGCGCAAGAGAUCUCUGCACUCCCUGCCAGGCAACUUGGCCACUGUGGCAGGUGAGCUCCGCACUCGGCCUGUCUACAGGGGGCGCUCUACAGAGAGCACCUGUGGGUACGAUGCUGAAUACGAGGAUGGGGACCCCAACCCACGCCACCCCAAGGCCAACGGUGGCAAACAGCCCCCUCCACCCCCAUGGCAACCCUCUGACUUCCAGCCUUACACCAGCGUCUACGUCGGCGGGGUGAUGAUGGGCGAGGGUGGGGGGGAUGGAAGAGGGGGCGUCAUCAUGAGGGACCACAUCGGAGAAGAGCACCACCUGACCUGGCCCCGGCGCUCCUACUCUCCCGGGAGCUUUGAGGACGUGGGGGGCGGAGGCGGCGGCUACACACCAGACUGUAGUUCCAAUGAGAACCUAACAUCCAGUGAGGAGGACUUCUCGUCUGGCCAGUCCAGCCACGUGUCACCCAGUCCCACCACUGCCUAUCGCCGGCCCUUCAGGGAGAAGAGCCGCUCACCCUCGCAGAACUCCCAGAACUCCCAGCAUUCGUUUGACAGCAGCAGUCCCCCCACGCCUCAGUCCCAGAAGCGCCAACACCAGCAGGGCCACGUGGUCAUGUCCGAAGCUACCAUUGUGAGCGUCCGUAAGACUGGCCAGAUCUGGCCCCCACUCGAUCCGAACUCCACACCGGCCAGCAGAGCCUCCCAUGACAACAGUUUCCAUGGAGACCUGGAUGGUCCGUUCACGGGGACCCCUCCCACUUACGGGUACGAUGCGGACCGUGCGGAGGAGCAGAGGCGCCACCAUGACAUCCUGCCCUACAUCGACGACUCGCCCUCCUCUUCGCCACACCUCAGCUCCAAGAGCCGCAGCAGCCGAGACACCCUCUCCUCCGGAUCCCUUGAGUCCUCCAAGUCGACGGAGUUGGACCUAGAGAAAGGCCUGGAGAUGAGGAAGUGGGUUCUGUCUGGGAUCCUAGCCAGCGAGGAGACCUACCUCAGCCACCUGGAGGCACUGCUACUGCCUAUGAAGCCUCUGAAGGCAGCAGCCACCACGUCCCAGCCCGUGCUGACCAUCCCCCAGAUCGAGACCAUCUUCUUCAAAGUGCCCGAGCUUUACGAGGUCCACAAGGAGUUCUACGACGGCCUGCUCCCCCGGGUGCAGCAGUGGAGCCACCACCAGCGCGUGGGGGACCUCUUCCAGAAACAGGCCAGCCAGCUGGGAGUUUACCGGGCCUUUGUGGACAACUACGAGGUUGCUGUGGAGACGGCUGAGAAGUGCUGUCAGGCCAACACACAGUUCGCUGAAAUCUCUGAGAACCUCAAGGUGAGGAGCACCAAGGACUUGAAGGAUCAGUCAGCCAAGAACUCUCUGGAGACUCUCCUGUACAAACCAGUGGACAGAGUUACUCGUAGCACCCUGGUACUGCAUGACCUGCUGAAGCACACGCCCUCCAGCCACCCAGACCACCCCCUGCUCCAGGAUGCACUCCGCAUCUCCCAGAACUUCCUGUCCAGCAUCAACGAGGAGACCACGCCCAGACGCCAGUCCAUGACUGUCAAGAAGGGAGAGAACCGCCAGCUGCUGAAGGACAGCUUCAUGGUGGAGCUGGUGGAGGGAACCAGGAAGCUCCGCCAUGUUUUCCUCUUCACCGACCUGCUGCUCUGCGCCAAGCUCAAGAAACAGAUCGGAGGGAAGAGUCAGCAGUAUGAUUCCAAGUGGUACAUCCCUCUGUCAGACCUAACCUUCCAGAACACAGAUGAGUCUGAGCCUCUGCCCAUCCCCCAGGUCCCUGACGAGGAGCUGGACGCCAUGAAGGUCAAGAUCUCCCACAUCAAGAGUGAGAUCCAGAGAGAGAAGCGAGCCAACAAAGGGUCGAAGGUGAUUGACAGGUUGAGGAAGAAGCUGUCGGAGCAGGAGUCUCUUCUGCUGCUCACCUCCCCCAGUAUGGCCCUCAGAGUACACAACAGGAACGGCAAGGGUUACAUGUUUCUGAUGUCUUCAGACUACGAGCGCGCUGAGUGGAAGGAGACGAUCCAGGAACAGCAGAAGAAAUGCUUCAAGAGCUUCUCCCUGACCUCCAUGGAGCUACAGAUGUUGACCAACUCAUGUGUGAAGCUGCAGACUGUCCACCACAUCCCACUCACCAUCAACAAAGAAGGUCAAGAGGAUGAAUCCCCUGGCCUCCAUGGAUUCCUGAAUGUAAUCGUCCACUCUGCCUCGGGCCUCAAACAGAGCUUGAAUCUGUACUGCACGUUAGAGGUGGACUCCUUUGGCUACUUUGCGAACAAAGCCAAGACGCGGGUGUAUCGCUAUACCACAGAGCCCAAAUGGAACGAGGAGUUUGAGAUAGACCUGGAGGGCUCUCAGACCCUGAGGCUGCUGUGUUAUGAGAAGAGCUACAACAAGACAAAGCAGAACAAAGAGGACGGAGACCGCACCGACCGCAUCAUCGGCAAAGGACAGAUCCCGCUUGAUCCCCAGACGCUCCUAGGCAAAGACUGGCAGAGAACGGUCAUCCCCAUGACCGGGAUGGAGGUAAAGCUUUCUAUGAAGUUUACCAGCCGAGAGUUUAGUCUGAAGAGGAUGCCGUCACGGAAACCCAUGGGCGUGUUCGGAAUCAAGAUUUCCACAGUGACCAAACGGGAGCACUCCAAGGUGCCCUAUAUCGUCAGACAGUGUCUGGAGGAGAUUGAGCGGAGGGGGAUGGAGGAGGUGGGCAUCUACCGAGUCUCAGGGGUGGCUACAGACAUCCAGGUCCUGAAGGCUGCCUUCGACACCAACAACAAAGACGUGUCUGUGAUGAUGAGUGAGAUGGAUGUGAACGCCAUUGCCGGGACUCUGAAGCUGUACUUCAGAGAGCUGCCAGAACCCCUCUUCACUGACGACCUGUACCCCAACUUCGCAGGAGGCAUUGCCCUGUCUGACAGCGUUGCCAAAGAGAGCUGCAUGCUGAAUCUACUGCUGUCACUGCCAGAACCCAACCUGGUUACAUUCCUCUUCCUUCUGGAUCACAUGAAGAGGGUGGCUGACAAGGAGAGCAUCAACAAGAUGUCCCUCCACAACCUGGCCACGGUGUUUGGCCCCACCCUGCUGCGGCCUGCAGAGAAGGACAGCAAGAUCCCCACCAACCCCACGCAGCCUAUCAGCAUGGGAGACAGCUGGUCCCUGGAGGUCAUGUCACAGGUCCAGGUGUUGCUGUACUUCCUCCAGCUGGAGACCAUCCCCACGCCGGACAGUAAGCGUCAGAGCAUCCUCUUCUCCACCGAAGUGUAGUGUUCCACAGUUUCCCAUCAUGAUGACAAUGGGAGAGAGAGGCUGUGAUAGAGACGUCGACUCAAACUGAGUCUACAGUACAGUAUGUCCAUUUGGGAAGGCUACUGAGAGUGAGAAUGGCCUUUGCUGGACUGCAGCAGGAGAUGUAUUCUGCACUGAUUCUGGACAUACCUUGCAGAGGGCGCCACCAUCCCUCUGAGAACAAGAGGUUGGACACCAAUCCUCUGUUGUACCACACAUAUCUGAUGAUGAUAACGCAUUAAUACAUCACACCCAAUAGCCAGUGUGACUCUUUGUGCCUCUCUGAUGCAUCAUAUCCUCCUCUUCUCGCUCUGUCUCUUCGCUCUCAUGUCGAAGCUCCACAGCUUGUGUACGUGUACGGAAUGAAUGCCACUAUUGAACAUGCCUGCUGCAACCAUAAAUGAAACACUUCAAUUUGAGUCUGAUCAGCAUGUAGGGGAAAAGAGUGUCCAAGGUUUUCCUUUUUUUGUUGCUAUUGGCUCCUGCUUUGUAGGCAGAAAAACAGGCAGGGCCUGCACAGCGUUUUGUUUAGCCUUUUCAAAUGUUGAGUUAUUUCUUAAUCCACUGCUGAAGAGAUUCCAACCGUAUGUUUUACACAUGAUACAUUAGGACCACAGUGCUACGAGAGUUGUGUUGAAAAGGAACAUCUGGGUUCUCUGAAGACUUUUAAAGAGGAACAUCCAGAGCUGCCAGGAUCACCAGUCUAUUUGUGUGUCCCAGGAAUCCACCACUCACAACAACAACAAAGUGUUUACAAGGUAAACAAACCUUGGACAAAGGCAGAGAUGGGGAGACUGCAACAAAGGCAUUUGUGAAAUAGGAACAGUCGACAGAAACAGAUGAUCUAUCAGUUAUAAUAAGACUGCCUACAGUUUGGACCAUAAAGCAAUUCCCUCUAUUUGUGUUCUUUGUGUUUCAAGUAGACCUCAGCUUAAAUACCCAGGAAGCAAUAGAUUUUCUAACAUAGGAGUUUGUCUGCGUUCAUAUCCUUAGUCCGGGGAUGUCCUCAUGGUAACAUAGGAGAUCUUGCCAAAAUGAUCUGUUGUUUGCGAUAACAUUUAACUAUUGUAUUUACAGAUACAGUACAGUAUGUACAUAAUGCUGUAAUUGUUUUAUUUGUUAUGAUUAUAAUUUAUGAAGAAAAGGGGGGGGGGGCAGAAAUCAAUGUUUUUUUUUUCUAUGUGUUUGCUUUGAUUUGAUGAAGGUGGUAUAGGUUACAGACUUGAGUCCUGGAGGUCUGAGGUGAUGGGAGAUCAUAUGCUGCCUAUGUAACCAGGAUGUAGCCUUGUUGUGGGAAUAACUGCAGUUUUGUCCAGCCUAAUGUUAGCCAUGUAUCCAUCAUUAAGGUAACACUCCAUCUUUGAAUGCCAAUGUCACAACCCCUCUUCAUCUGUUUGAGUGUUCCAGUCCCUAACCACCCACCCUGAAAUCUUCAUGUGUUACUGAAGUAGGAUACAAAACAGUACAUUUAGUUGUAUACAGAACAACAAUACCAUGUUUCCUCUCUACAGCUGUGUCGGUGAAGACAGUUAUUCUCAUGAUAAUUCACCUGUUUCAAACAAGUUGCGCUAAAUUGUGGAUGCUUAGCCAAAGUGGACCAUUCUGUUGAUGUUAUGAAGGAAUACUUGUUUAUCCUCUUUUCAAUGAAAGUGACCCAUCUGUUUCUCACCCAUAUUUAUGAGGGUGGCUGGACAGCUGUCAUUAACUGCCCUCCACACCCUUCCUGAAGCUCUUCUCCCUCCUGGUCUGCCUGAUAGUAACCCACCAAAGGGCCAUGGAAAAGAAAAUGCUCUUAGAAUAUUUUGUUCAGAAGGAAAAAAGAGAAGAUUUAUAUUAGAAUGGUUUUAAUUUCAGUGCCUGCAGGCAUGUAGUCAUGUUUGAUUAAUGCAGGCAUGUUUGAUUAAAGUCAUUUUCUUGUGUGUGUUGUCAUAAACAUAUUGCUAUAUUGGACAGCAGGAUGUUAGUGACCAACAAGUGUUUUGGUUUUGAUAAACCAAGCUUAAAAUAUGAUAUAUGAUAUUUCAUUCUGGCUGGAUAAUUGUUAACAAGUAAUGUGUUUACUAACUCAGUCUGUACUGCUGUCUGCACUACUGAGAUUUCAUGAAGAACUCCGACAUUUUGAAGUUAGCAGAGACAUUCCUGACAGUUUUGACUGUACAGUAGUCAGUAGCUAGUGUAAAAUCUGGCAUCUGAGUGUGUGGUUGUACAUGCAACAUUCAUGCGCACACAUGCGUGAGUGAGUGAAGGAAAUAAUGGGACGAUUUGCUGUAAAAAAAACGUAGAUUUAAGACAUAACGUUUCAAAUCCGGACUUAUCCAUAUGCUAACAUAUCAACUAAAUCAGUUCCAGUUAAUAGCCAUAGUCAUCAUUUUAGUAACACAUUUUGUCCUAAUAUAUCCUCACAUGUCCCAUACACACAACUGUACAUUGGAGGAAGCCAUUGGUUAUGAGAGAGAAAGGCAGUGCAUUCACCAUUCAUUUAGAUCUCUUUGAUUUAUAUCAUUAGUGCUCAAUGUGACCCACUCUGCUCCAUUGUAUCUCUGCGUCACAGCUUUUAUUCAGAACGUAUGCCGCUGAUUUCAAUGUGUCAGUGGAAUUGCUGUAAGGAGACUUACUGGGUGCUGAAAACAGACCUGUCCUUAAGGCACCUAUUUUGAGACCAAUACAUGAACGUAGAGUUUGGUAUCGCACUUCAUGGUACUAUUAGCCUGUGUGGGAGAUCUUGUCGGAAUAUUAUGAUACCAAGCUAAGCCCAAUUCAUGUUUGCAAUCAUACGAGACAGACACACAAAUGCUUAGUCAAUUAACCCUCACUCUGCCUUAGCUCUGUCAACAUUAGAAUUCAAAUUAAAAUGAAGUCUACUGUAUUUACGGAGAUGAAUACCCUCAUCUGAAGGAAAAAUAUAUUAGUAGUAGCAAAGUGGUAUCUAUACUUGUAGAAGGAGGACACUUUCAAAAUUCACUGUCAUGUUAUAUGACUCAUAUAUAGAUAAUAUCUCUCAAGGCUCUAUGCUAUGCUGUGUAUCGUUCAUUUGCAAGAUGUACUUUGUUUUUUCAAAUAACUGCCAAACAGUUUGUAACCAUCUGCUGUCCUAACUGUAACUAAUGUAUGUAUCAACACGUCACUAAUCCAAAACAUGAUCUAAUUUGGAGGGGCUUGCACUUUCUGUUCCUUUUGGUUUUACUCCAGACUGCCCACUGUGAUGCUUUAGGACAUUUUCUGUGGUUUGGAAAAACAUUUGCAAGGAAAGAUGAAGGUUAUUUGAGUUUAUAUAGGUUAGUCAUCUCUCUAACCUUGUCUUAUGGUUGUACAAUAUGUAUUGUAUGUAUCAUACUAGAGGCAUUGGGUUCUUAGGUUUAUUUAUUGUGAUGUUCAUCAAUACAUUUAGGAUUAAUCAUGUUAAUAAAACAGUUGAGUAAUUAGGCUUCAACUGAAAGA